AUCUGCGAGAGCCCAACCAGGGAGGGUUGCAACUAAAGACGAAGCACCUUUUUCGAGUGGAUUCUAGCUCGAAGGGCUCCCUAUUGGGUUUGAUUUUUAAUCGAACGGGGGAGAGGGUUUUUCUUUUCCCCGCCAAACGAACUAGGGCUUCUUCAUCUACCGCCGCGCCUGUUUCCGCCUCCUCUCGGUUUCGUCCUCUCCCAGAGACUGUUAAGCAGUCUUCUCCCUUUCGCCGAAUCCAUCUGAGCUUCUUGCUUCCGUCCGGUUCCUGAUGGCGGUUGAGAAGCUUCUAAAGGAUGAAGCCACACAGGAGAAGGGAGAACGAGCAAGAAUGGCAUCCUUUGUUGGUGCCAUGGCAAUUGCUGAUUUAGUCAAAACCACUCUAGGCCCUAAAGGAAUGGAUAAGAUAUUGCAGUCUGCAGGGAGAGGGCACAGUGUCACUGUUACAAAUGAUGGUGCUACGAUCUUGAAAUCACUUCAUAUUGACAAUCCAGCCGCUAAAGUUCUAGUUGAUAUUUCAAAAGUUCAAGAUGAUGAGGUUGGUGAUGGAACUACAUCAGUAGUUGUCUUGGCUGGAGAGCUGUUAAGAGAAGCUGAGAAGUUGAUAGCGAUGAAGAUCCAUCCAAUGACAAUUAUUUCUGGUUAUAGGAUGGCUGCUGAAUGUGCUCGAAAUGCUUUGACACAAAAAACAAAAGAUAAUAAGGAGAAUCCAGAGAAAUUCAGGUCGGACUUGACAAAAAUUGCAACGACGACACUUUGUUCAAAGAUUCUUUCUCAAGAUAAAGAACAUUUUGCAAAAUUAGCAGUGGAUGCUGUCAUGAGGCUUAAGGGUAGCACCAAUUUAGAGUCCAUCCAGAUCAUUAAGAAGGCUGGGGGUUCAUUGAAAGACUCAUUCCUAGAUGAAGGGUUCAUUUUAGACAAAAAAAUUGGUGUUGGACAACCAAAACGCAUUGAAAAUGCAAAAAUUUUGGUGGCAAAUACUGCUAUGGACACUGAUAAGGUAAAAAUUUAUGGUGCUCGAGUGCGUGUGGACUCAAUGGCCAGGGUUGCUCAGAUUGAAGGAGCAGAAAAGGAGAAAAUGAAAGAGAAGGUGCAGAAGAUUAUUUCUCAUGGCAUUAAUUGCUUUGUCAAUAGACAGCUGAUAUACAACUUUCCUGAGGAACUCUUUGCUGAUGCUGGAGUCCUGGCAAUUGAGCAUGCCGAUUUUGAUGGAAUAGAACGUCUUGCUUUAGUAACUGGCGGAGAAAUUGCUUCAACAUUUGAUGACCCUGGUUCUGUUAAACUCGGGCAUUGCAAACUUAUUGAAGAAAUCAUGAUUGGGGAAGAUAAGUUGAUCCAUUUUUCUGGUGUAGAGAUGGGACAGGCAUGCACCAUUGUAUUAAGAGGUGCUAGUUCUCAUGUGUUAGAUGAAGCUGAACGGUCGUUGCAUGAUGCACUGUGUGUACUAUCCCAAACUGUGACUGACAGCAGAGUAUUGCUUGGAGGAGGUUGGCCUGAAAUGGUGAUGUGCAGAGAAGUUGAUGAGCUUGCUAGGAGAACACCAGGAAAGAAGUCUCUGGCUAUCGAGGCAUUCUCUCGUGCACUCCAGUCUAUUCCAACUAUUAUCGCUGACAAUGCAGGUCUAGAUAGUGCAGACUUGAUUGCACAAUUGCGUGCUGAGCACCACAAAUCUGAGACUAACGCUGGAAUUGAUGUCAUAACUGGCGCUGUUGGGGACAUGGAGAAACUUGGAAUAUCCGAGUCAUUUAAAGUGAAGCAAGCUAUUCUGCUCUCUGCAACGGAGGCUGCUGAGAUGAUACUCAGAGUUGAUGAGAUUAUUACUUGUGCACCACGGAAGAGGGAAGAUAGGGUGUGAAGAAGGGGAAUUUUCUCUCUAGCGGUUCUGAAGAAUUUUUUGCAGCAGUCGUUGCCUCCGCUAGGUCUAUUUAUGGCUUUCUGGGAGUUGUUUUGUUUGAGUAUACCAUAGUACUGCAAAAGUUUCAUGGAGCACUGGGGGAGUUUUGUUGGAGUACGCAGUCAUAUUCUUGAUACUCGCGUGAUCCAAACUUUUCCUUGCUGCAGUUGAAUGUGUUACAUUUGUUUUGUUUGAGAUAAUUUAGCAUUUUGGCAGGCAAACGCUGAAAUCCAUCUCUGCUAUUGGGGCUUCCCAUGGUCAAAAAGAAAAAAUAAAAUACGUAGAGGUGCGUUUGGAUUUUU